AUGGCUACUCUGCCUCCAACAAUGAAGGCACAGGUUCUGAAAGCCUACAACGAACCCUACGUCUUCAUGGAUGUGCCUCUUCCAAAACUAACAUCACCAUAUGACCUUCUGAUAAAGGUGGAAGCUGCAUCAUAUUGUCACACUGAUACAGUAUGUGCAACUGGCGGGUUUGACGGCCAUGCGAACGCUCCAACACAAUGGCCGCAUAUCGGAUGCCAUGAAUUCGCGGGAACUGUGGCAGAUAUAUGUAAACCAUUGACCGAAAGUGACUCCUCUGUUGUCACACUUCAGAUUGGUACCCGGGUAGGUGUCCCCGGUCGAGCUUUUCAUCCCUGCGGCACCUGCUAUGAAUGUCAGCGAGAGACGCCAAAUCACGGCCAGUCCAGCGACCCCAAGGGUUAUUCAGUGUAUUGCCCCAAAGCCAAAAACCUCGGCCUCAGUGUCCCCGGCGGGUUUGCACAAUAUGCUGUGGUAGAUGCGCGACAGGUCGCACCGCUCCCCGCUGGAAUGAGCGCCGUGGAGGCUGCUCCGCUGAUGUGCGCUGGGCUGACCAUAUAUGCGGCAUUGAAAAACUGUCAACUGAAUCGGGGCGAUCGAGUUGCUAUUUUAGGCUGUGGAGGAGGACUGGGCCACUUGGGUAUCCAGUUUGCGGAGAAGAUGGGCCUCAAGGUCGUUGGUGUUGAUACAUCAGGGCCUGCUGUUGCGCUUUCUCGGCGAUUAGCGACAGGCUCCCUGAUAGUGAAUGCGACGAAGACUGCCGCCGACGAGGUGGUACAAAUGAUAGAAAACGAAGAUGGCAUUUCUGAGCAAGGGCGAAGGGGGGUUGACGCAACGAUUAUUCUCCCAGAAUCACAAGCAGCAUUUGAUUAUGGGAUCCGAUUGCUGAAGAACUGGGGUACAUGCAUGGUGGUGUCGUUUCCUGCGAGUGGGUUUACCUUCUCCACGCAAGACAUUGUCUUUCGGCACAUUUCGAUCAUUGGAAGUUUGGUCGGAAGCAAUGCACUCCUACGCGAAAUGCUCGUUUUUGCCAAUGAGCAUGGAGUCAAGUGUGUUUCUCAGUUGUUUGCCUUGCCACAUCUCAACGACUUGGUUGCGCGACACCACGAAGGGGUUGAAGGAAAGCUGAUUAUUGAUUUGAGCCUGGGGACUAGUUAG